UUGGGGCGAUUUUUUAGGGAAAAAUUUCCUCAAUCUUUCAGCAUGAUUGGAGGCGGAAAAUCUCCUUCAAUCCCUCCUGUAACCACAGAUCAUACAGUUACCUCUUCUAAAUCAACUUCUGGUGUUAAUUUCGCUCUUGGGUCGGAAGAUUUUCCAAGAUUGAAAUCCUCUUCACUUCCGAUUGAAAAUGGUGGGUUUUCAAUUUCUGAAACCUUUAGAUCUGAAAACAAUCGGUCUUAUGUCCUCAAGGCUCCGGCGAGUGUAUCUCCAUCAACAGAACUUGCUUUUCAUGAACCAAAGAAUCCAGAUGGAGAAACUAUUCCCUUUUUCUCAUCAGGUGAGCUUCAACCCCAUUUUGUUGGGUAUUUUGUUGGUAAGAAUCCUCCCUUCCUAGUUGUGAAAGAAAAUCUUAAUAAUCAAUGGAAUACAAAGGGAGAAGUCUCCAUGACUAUCCAUGGAAAACAAGCUUUCUUAUUUAAAUUUUCUCAUGAAGAUGAUAGAAAGAUGGUUCUUGAGCUAGGUUCAGUCCACAUUGGAAGCAAACUUUUUCUAAUUCGCCCAUGGACCCCUUUCAUUGAGCAACAAUUAGGAUGCAUCAAGUCUGUUCUGGUUCGGAUGAUACUUAGAGAUAUUCCUCUUCACCUUUGGAAUGCUACUGGGUUUUCUAAGAUUGCAAGUUAUGUGGGGAUACUAAUAAUGAGAAAUUCUCCUACUGCAAUAAAGACUAGAAUGGCUUAUGCAGAAUUUGUGUUGAGAUUGAUACAAGGUGCUCAUUUCCUGAAGUGAUUCCAUUCCAGAUUGAUAAUGAAAAAUUUAAGGUAAGGGCUGAAUAUCCAUGGAAGCCUACCUACUGCUCUCACUGUAAGAGUUUUGGUCAUUCAUUAGCUAAAUGCAGCUCCAACCAUGUACCAAAAGUUAAGGCUAAAUGGGUGCCUAAUGUUUGUGUUCCAGUCGAUGGAGUUAUUGACAAUACCAAUCAAAAGGGUAUCCUUUUAAACUCAAUUGGUACAGAGAUUUCUAAAGAAAAUGCGCAGGUGGAGAACCAAGCUUCAAAAGACAGCGCUUCAGAUAAUAUUGUGAGAGAAGAAGUUGAAGUUCUAGAAGGGGUCACUCAACCAGUUAAAGAGGAUUGGGCAGCUUAAACUAGAAAAAAAAGCAUUCUAGGAGAAUAUAAGAAUCUCCCGUGAUUGAGAAUGUUGAACAUUCAAGAGGAGCAAGCUCCACUUCCUCUGAUCCAUCCAUUCCACCUGGUUUCGAAACUUAUAAUAGAUUCCAUGGGUUUCAUGAGGAGGCGGAGGAGGUUGCUACUUCGGAGUUAGUCGUGGAAGACUUGGAUUUUUGCAUCAAGAAACCAUCCUCCUCCCAACCAAUCUUGGUAUCGAGUAAAGAAGAAAGUUUAAAUACUCAACUCAACAUCUCAAAUCAGGCUUCUUCUAGCUAAGCCAAGCUUACAAUGCAACACAAUGUCGAGCCUCAAGUCUAAAGCAACGAGACUCUUUCCAACCGGCUCGUUAAGUUCAAAAAAAAAAAGGUUUUGUAGAGUAAAAUUGCAGUUCUAAGGACUCGACGACUGGUUUGGAGUUCUAUCCUUUGGGUGGAGACCCAAAAAUACUUGCCGAAUGUAUGUAAUUAUCAGCAACUUCUUGAGCAGCUCAUACUUUUGAAUUAACAUCUCAAUUAUUUAUUAGAUACCUAAUUGCAUUUUAAUUAUAUCUCAUGUAUGCUCAUGUGCUGAAACUUCACAUGAUAUAUAUAUGAUUU